AUGUCUUCCUUACUCAUUAGGGAGGUUGAAAUUAGUGAGGCACUUUGGAAAAUUAUAGCUAAUGACGAAGAAUUGUUGAGUCCAUCAAAGACCAGCACUCGGUUCAGAGUGGCAGUGGUGGUGGUGCUUGUGAUGGGAGAGGCACGCGUGGCAGUGGCAGUGACGUGCACCCCAACGGAGCUGAGCCCAUGCACUGAGGCGAUCAAGUCGCCGAAGCCACCGUCUGCUGAAUGUUGCAACAAGCUGAAGGAGCAGAUUCCUUGCCUUUGUGGGUACAUAAAAGACCCCAACCUCAAGCAGUAUGUCAACUCUCCCGAUGCCCAAAAGGUUGUUAAGUCCUGUGGUGUGACAGUCCCAACUUGUUAA